CGAUGAACGGAAUAGUGGGGUAUAUAUCCUCUUUAGAAGCCAUCAUGGAGGAUUUAAGCUUCAUCCUUCGAUAAUGAGUUGAUCGACACUAUGGCCGACCUGGAAGCUCGAUUCGUCAAACGCGGAUUAUGGACCAACAUCGAACAAGGCCCUCUUAUGGGCAAGACAAUCACUACGGAUAUCAAGACCGGAACGAUUGUGGUUGCCCUUCUAGCUGUUCUUUCGUCGGCUGCAAUAACAAAUCUUUGGCACCUUUUCGCCUUCCUCGCACACCAAUUACGAGCCGAUGGGCGCGCGGCAGAUGGCCUGCAGCGCCAACAACAAGCGCUUCUACGCACAUUGCCGAUGCCGAGUUCCCUUGUUGUGGAUUCAAUUAAGCUAUGGUGGAUGUGGAGGAGGAGAACUACUCGUGUGCUUGCCCGCUCGUUGAUCUACGUAUUGCUAGGAGGACUGUUCUCAGUUGGAAUGGUGGUAGUGGGUGUAUUUUCUUCAUUUGUUGUCACUACCUCCAACAUCCCAGUCCUAGUCUCUAGCCCGUUCUGUGGGCCGUUAGACGUUGAUCCUUCGGGCGAGAAUCUCAUCGCUAGCCUUGUCGGCCUCCGAUCAUUCUACACGAGCGUACGGGGCGUCACGAAACCUUAUGUGGACGGCUGUUAUCAAAACACCACCACCGAGUUACCUGCGCGAUGUCGACAGGUUUUUAUUCGUCCAAAUAUCCCGCUUUCUCAAGAGCGUGUAAAAUGCCCCUUUUCCUCGGAUAUUUGCUUGGAUCUAGGUGGCGAUAUGACGGCUGUGCAGCUCGACUCUGGGCUCGUAGACCUCAAUGAGGCUUUCGGAAUGAACAUGGCGUCGGCCGACCGAGUCCAAUUUCGUAAGAGAACAACUUGUAGUGUGUUGAAGACUGAUGGUCGGACUUCACUUGUCAAUGCCUCGGGUAUUCCCCCUCCUUUGUUCCCAUAUCUUCCAAACGAGCAGCUUUUGCUGCUGCAUUAUGGGAAUAGGAGGACAGGGCAGAGAUUAGUGAAUGCGUCGUUUAGUCAUAGUUUGCUAGCUGCAAAUACUACGAAGAAUUAUGGGACUGGAUAUGUUGCCGCAUUCACAGCCCCCGAGUUAGGGGAUGUCAGCGAUAUAAACCCAUUAGCUGAGAUGCGGAAUUCAGACGCAGACUUGGUUAUAAUCGCUAUACACAUGAACAGAGUAUAUUACAGCAAUCCGGUCAACGAUCCAGUAUUCGCAGCACACAGCCCCUACGCCUUCACGGACGGCGUUACCAGGAAAAACACGACCUUUUAUUUCUCAGACUUCUCGAGCGGAGUCGUGGGAUGCACUGAACAGGUAUACUACCCCGGAGCCAGUCCAAUCCAACUCGCAGCACUCCGUCUCUUGGUCUCUACAAACCUCGUCUACGGCAUCUUCGCUGGUCUCGACAGCGGGUUGAAAUCAAGUGCUCUAUCUGCGGACGGCUUCGUCGUCUCCCUGCCAGAUGACCAAUGGAUCAACGAGGUCAUUAGCUUGGAACAGUAUGUCUGGGGUUCGCUGCAGACAGUGAUUUCAGGAUAUGCGGUUGGGCCACAAGUGCGAGAUGAGUCUGCAGAGGAGUUUGUUAGGAAGAAUAUGACGAAUGGAGAGCGGGGGCUGUGUGGGUUACAGAGGAUGAGGAAGUCUGGUGGUUUUGUCAACAUCAAUGUCUUCGGCCUCGCCUUCAUCAUCACCUUCUCACUCGCCAUCUCCAUGCUCGAUUUCUUCCUCCUCAAACUCCUAAUCGUACUUACCCGGUUUCGAAGAAUCAUGGCGCCGCGACUCGACCGCUGGAUUCAGGAUGGCGUGCUGCAGCUUCAACGGCGGGCGUAUGAAGCUAGUGGUGAAGGGACUUGGAUAAAACUAGAAGAUGAGGUUCCCCUGACCGUUGGGAAUAGGCAGCUGCGUGAGUUGCCAUUGCAGUCCAUACGAGCGACGACGACGUAUUUGAAGUUUUAGUCGACAACGAAUUCAGGACAAAAUGUUACAUGAUGUUAACGCUCUCCUUAAUCCUAGC